AUGGAGCUCCAUAGGCGCCAGGAUCAGAGCCUCUCCCAGCGGAAGGGGCAGAAGCGGAAGCUCGAUCAGGAACACCACGAUGAGAGGCAGAUCUCAGCGGUGCCGCCAACCGCCGACGAGCGCGCGGCGCUCCUCUCCGACGUCGCCGAACAGGUGAGCAUCCUCGAGUCGACUUUCACGUGGAACGAAGCGGACCGAUCCGCGGCCAAGCGCGCCACUCACGCGCUCGCCGAUCUCGCGAAGAAUGAGGAAGUGGUGAACGUGAUUGUUGAAGGAGACGCGGUUCCGGCGCUGGUGAAGCAUCUUCAGGCGCCGCCUAUGAGUGACCGUGUCCAGAAGCCAUUGCCGUUCGAGCAUGAGGUUGAGAAGGGGAGCGCUUUCGCGCUCGGACUUCUUGCCGUCAAGGUUGGGCUUGCUAAAUACUCCCUUUAG